ACUGUCUCAGCGCCGAUUCAACGUGAUCGCGUCUCUCUCAGAGAAGCGGUGUGGUUACUGGUAAGCGCUCAUAUACUUCGCUCAUACGCACUUUAAACAGGAUGUAGCGACUGAGACAGACCACGGAAAGAUAAAACAGCGGGUUAAACACUGCGAUGUGACAAACACCUUUGAGCCAGAAAUGACCGCCACAGCGGAGGAGAAGAAGACAGGAGGAGUCCCGAUGAGGCAGCUCACCGCCGGCAGGUCUUGACGGCUGCUCCCGCUGACCUGAGACGCCCAGCACCGCGCGGUUUACACACACUGAAAACCGAACAUAGCCGAAAUACUACACAUCCCAUCGGUGAACCUUAAAAGAGACAAUGGCGAACCAGGGCGACUGCUGUGUGAAGGUAGCAUUGAGGAUUCGCCCUCAGAUGGCCAAGGAGAAGAUAGAGGGCUGCCAUGUGUGCACGCUUGUCACACCUGGAGAACCACAAGUCCUCCUGGGUAAAGACAAGGCCUUCACCUAUGACUUUGUGUUUGACAUCGACUCAGAGCAGCAGUACAUCUACCAGACCUGUGUGUACAAGCUCAUCGAGGGCUGCUUCGAGGGCUACAACGCCACAGUGUUCGCUUAUGGUCAGACGGGUUCGGGGAAGACCUACACCAUGGGGACAGGCUUCGAUGUGAGCCUGGGCCAGCAGGAGCAGGGCAUCAUCACGCGGGCUGUUCACCAGCUGUUUGAGGGAAUCCAGAACAGGAGGGUGCGCGCCCAGGAGGCCGGCAGCCAGCCACCCGAAUUUAAAGUCAGCGCCCAGUUCCUAGAGUUGUACAAUGAAGAGGUCCUCGAUUUGUUUGACGGAACCAGAGAUCCAGAGAGUCGGAACAGGAAGUCCAACAUUAAGAUCCAUGAAGACGCCAGUGGCAGCAUCUACACCACUGGAGUCACCUCCAGACUGGUGCAGUCAGAGGAGGAGCUGCUGCAGUGCCUGAAGCUCGGUGCUCUGUCCCGCACCACAGCCAGCACCCAGAUGAACGCCACAAGCUCCCGCUCGCAUGCCAUCUUCACCAUCUACCUCUGUCAGAUGAGAGUGUGCCCGCAGGCUCAAAUGCAGAACGGAGGAGGAAGAGGAGGAGAAGGAGGAGGAGGAGGAGGAGGAGAGAACGGGGAGUUGAACGGCGUGGACUCCAGCCCUAUCGCUCAGCCGGAGUUCGAGACGCUUAUGGCUAAGUUCCACUUUGUGGACCUGGCUGGCUCUGAGAGGCUGAAACGCACAGGAGCUACAGGAGAGAGAGCCCGCGAGGGAAUCUCUAUUAACUGUGGACUGCUGGCGCUGGGAAAUGUGAUCAGUGCUUUAGGAGACCAGUCUAAGAAGGGAGGACAUGUCCCUUACAGAGACUCCAAACUUACUCGUCUACUACAGGACUCACUGGGAGGCAACAGUCACACAUUGAUGAUCGCCUGCAUCAGUCCGUCAGACCGGGACUUCAUGGAAACACUAAACACACUGAAGUACGCCAACCGUGCCCGAAACAUCAAGAACAAGGUGGUGGUGAACCAAGACAAGACCAGCCAGCAGAUCAGCGCCCUGCGUGCCGAGAUAGCUCGGCUUCAGAUGGAACUGAUGGAGUACAAGGCGGGGAAGCGUGUGGCAGGUGAGGAUGGUUCAGAGGGCUUCAGCGACCUGUAUCAGGAGAAUGCAAUGUUGCAGAGAGAAAGCGACACACUGCGCCUCAGGGUAAAGGCCAUGCAGGAGACCAUUGACCACCUCAACACCCGUGUAACACAUCUGCUGGCCAAUGAAGUCAGCGCUCUGCUGACCAAGUCAAGUGAGGGCAAUGAGGAGAUCGGGGCUUUAAUCCAGAACUACAUCCGAGAGGUUGAAGAACUUAGAACCAAGCUUCUUGAGAGCGAGGCUAUGAACGAGUCGUUGCGACGGCAGGCGCCCCGACUUUCCUUGCGUUCCCCGUUCCCUUCCUCCGCUCAUAGCCCCGCCCCCGGCCACCCCCCUGGCUCCUCCCCUGCUACCUUGUCCAUGGAGGCGGAGAUGACGGACGUGUUGCGCCGGGCCAAGAUGGACAUCGAGAGGCUGAAGAAGAAGGAGAGGAGGCAGAGGAGAAUGAGUCCCGAGUUGGAGAAAGGUCUGAAGAAACGAGUGAAGCUGCACACUCACGAGAAUGGAGAGAACGGGCAGAGUGGUCAAAACGGACAGAAUGGAGAGAUCGAUUCAGACGACAAUUACACUGAGGAUAUCAUGUCCCCACUGCAGGAGGAGAGUGGUUGUGAUGAAGAUGAAGGGGAGGAUGAAGAGGAGGGCAGGGAGGAGGAGGACGGGUUUGACAGUGACGAGAGCCUGGUGGAUUCAGAGUCAGACUCCGAUGAGAAAGCCAACUUCCAGGCGGACCUGGCUGAUCUGACCUGCGAGAUCGAGAUCAAACAGAAGCUGAUGGACGAGCUGGAGAACAGCCAGCGGAGGCUGCUGAUGCUCAAACUGCAGUACGAGGAGAAGCUCAUUCUACUGCAGAACAAGAUCCGAGACACUCAGCUGGAGAGAGACCGCGUACUGCAGAAUCUCAUGUCUAUGGAGAACUAUACAGAGGAGAAGGCCAACCGGAUCAAGCAGGACUACGAGAAGCGUCUUAAGGAGAUGAAUCGAGACCUGCUGAAGCUGCAAGUGGCACAGAAAGAACAUGCGCGUCUCCUGAAAAACCAGGGGAGGUACGAACGGGAGCUGAAGAAACUCCAGACAGAGGUCAACGAUAUGAAGAAAGCCAAGGUGACACUGAUGAAGCAGAUGAAGGAGGAGCAGCAGAGGAGGAGGAUGGUGGAGGCAAAGAGGAACCGUGAGAUCGCCCAACUCAAGAAGGAGCAGCGCCGCCAAGAGUACCAGAUUCGAGCGCUGGAGUCUCAGAAGCGGCAGCAGGAGCAGGUGCUGCGCAGGAAGACCCAGGAAGUGACCGCCCUGCGGCGCCUGGCCAAGCCCAUGUCAGACCGCGUGGCGGGGCGUGUGGCCCGCUGGAACCAGACUCCCCCAGUUACAGACUCUGGAGCAGAGUUAUCAGCCAGCACUACAGCAAGCAGCUCUGAACCUGAGACUGGGAGGACUGUGAGCGGGCUGGUGAGACAGUGGAACAACAAAAACAAUUCGUUUGGAUAUCUGGCAGAGAGUGAAGGGAGCAUGGAUGGAACCAGGGUCAUUGGAAGUAGGAAGAAGUUGCAGCGUAAGCCAGCGGGCGUUGGAAGCGUUGGAGUGGCGGGCAGAGCCAGCAGCUUCUCCAAGUCUGCCCGUCAGAAGUGGCAAGCGCUCGAGCGUCGCAUUAUGGACAUUGUCAUGCAGAGAAUGACAAUCGCUAACGUGGAAGCUGACAUGGAUCGCCUUAUAAAGAAGCGAGAGGAGCUGACAGUCCAUCAGGAAUCGCUCUCACAUAAGAGGGAGGUACUAAUGGCAGACGGAGAGGGACCAGAAGCAGAGGACCGCCUCCUUCAGGAAAUUACCGAGGAGAUUGAGGUGCUGAACGCCAACAUAGACUACAUCAAUGACAGCCUGUCUGACUGCCAGGCCACCAUCGUACAGAUAGAAGAGACCAAGGAUGAGCUGGACUCAGUGGACACCUCAGUGGUGAUCAGUUCCUGCUCUCUGGCUGAAGCACGCAACCUGCUGGACCACUUCCUGAAGGCUUCCAUAGACAAAAGUUUACAGGUGGCUCAGAAGGAGGCUCAGGUCCGACUGCUGGAGGGUCAGCUGAGACAGACAGAUGUGAUUGGCUCAUCUCACAAUCACAUAAUCCUUGAUGCCCUGCGAGAAAAAGCAGAAUACAUCCCUGAGCUCCAGGCUCUCAUCCACAAUGUACAGCAGGAAAAUGGUUACGCCAGCACAGACGAGGAGCCCUCUGAGUUCAGCCAGGCGUCUGACAGCAGUGUAUCUCAAAUGAAAGAAUCCAACAGCCAAGAUGAUUUCAAAAUAAAGAUGGAGCCUCGUCUGUCAGCUCAGAUGAAGGCGGUGUCUGCGGAGUAUCUGGGUCCCAUCCUGGACUCCUCAUCAGGCAGCAAGCAGCAGCACAUCACCAAGUCUCUGGCCUCGCUGACAGACAUCCGGGAGGACGGCAUGAGCCUAGGGACAACGAGUCUGGGGCUCAGCCUGGCCCUGCGAGACCCCUACCACAGGGACAGGGCGUUCCGCACCAUCAGCCUACCUGUCAGGGGACACACCUUUCCCAGGCAGUCUCGAGGUUAUGACACUUCCCCUCUAACAAGGAGGAAAUCUUAUGACCGCGCGUACAGGCCCACUGACGGCUAUACUCCCCCCUCCUCCCCUCCUCUGAGGACCAGGAACGACCGCAACGUCUUCUCAAGGCUCACCAGCAACCAAACCCAAGGUUCUGCUCUGGACAAGUCGGAUGACAGCGACUCUUCGCUCUCCGAGGUGCUCAGGGGUGUGAUCAAUCCCAUCGGGGGUGUGAAGGGGGGUCGGACGGCGCCCCUGCAGUGUGUUUCUGUAGCCGAGGGCCAUUCGAAGCCGGUUCUGUGUGUGGAUGCUACCGAUGAGCUGCUAUUCACUGGAUCUAAAGAUCGCACUUGUAAGAUGUGGAACCUGGUAACAGGUCAAGAGAUCGUCACCCUCAAAGGCCACCCAAACAAUGUGGUGUCAGUCAAAUAUUGUCCUGCGUCCUGUCUGGUCUUCUCUGUCUCCACCUCCUACAUCAAGGUGUGGGACAUCCGUGACUCUGCCAAGUGUGUCCGCACGCUUACUUCAUCGGGGCAGGUGGUUUCAGGUGAUGCAUGUGCUGGCACCACCACCCGCACAAUAACCUUUGCACAGGGCGAGUGUCAAAUUAACCAGAUAGCCCUCAACCCAUCAGGAUCUGUGCUAUAUGCUGCUGCUGGAAACACUGUUCGCAUGUGGGACCUCAACAGGAUGCAAGGGAUGGGGAAGCUGACAGGCCACAUCGGUUCUGUCAUGUGUCUGACAGUUGGACAGUCUCUGCUGGGCAAAGACCAAGUAAUCACUGGCUCCAAAGACCAUUAUGUCAAGGUGUUUGACGUGACAGAGGGAACUAUGGGUAAUGUAGGUCCAGCUCAUAACUUUGAGCCGCCCCAUUAUGAUGGCAUCGAGUGUUUGGCUGUACAGGGAGAUGUGCUGUUCAGCGGGUCCAGAGACAACGGCAUCAAAAAAUGGGAUCUGGAGCAGCAGGAACUCACUCAGCAAAUCCCCAACGCCCAUAAGGACUGGGUGUGCGCUCUUGCAUAUGUCCCGGGCCGGCCCAUGCUGCUGAGCGCCUGUCGGGGCGGCAUGCUGAAGGUGUGGAACGUAGAGAACUUCACCCCCAUAGGAGAGGUCAGAGGUCAUGAAAGCCCCAUUAACGCCAUAUGUACCAACUCAAGACAGAUCUUCACUGCAUCCAGUGACUGCAGGGUGAAGUUGUGGAGCUAUGUGCCAGGCUUGACCCCGUGUCUUCCUCGACGGGUCCUGGCCAUCAAGGGCCGAGCCACCAGCCUCCCAUGAUUGCCUCCUCUCCGCUCAGCAACCCUCCUUUCCUUUGCGACAAGACAGUGAAGAUCUGGUCGUCAAAGGUGUGGAGGAAAAGGUGACAACCGAAGUAGUUCGUUUGUCGGCCAUCUUGCUGCAACUUUCUGACCUGCUCGCUUCUAGCAAUCAAUGAGAUGUGACACCGAAAACACUGUUUCCAAGGCAAUCAAGGUGUUUUUUUUUUCUUUGUCAAGGUGCAACAUGACAAAGCGGAGGUUGAAUAUGUAUUCAGGCAAAAAAAAUAUUUUCCUUUCAGAUUGUUUUUUUACUGUCAAUUUGAAAGUGCCAUUCAGGUGUGAUGCUACUUGGACAAGAUAAACUGCAUCUUCCCAGCCGUGGAUAGACUAGGCGGAACAAUUUCUCUCUCCUGGCAUGAAAACUACCACAGUCUGGUAUUAAAAGGACAAUAAAAAGUGUCCUUCUGUUCUUUCACCAAGGUUUUACAAUCAUUGUGGAACAAUGACAGAUGAAUUGGCUCAAAGAUGUGCAUUCAUGUAUCUAUUGUAUGAAAGUUAUGACGCAGGAGGAAUUUAAAUCCCAACUAACAACUGGGACCUCUGACCCUUUCCUCCUUUUCCUCCGCUCAGGAACAUCAGUGUUCAUUAGCGCUGUGACUGUUCUGACACUGAACACAUUGGAGGGUCAUGCUAUAAGCUCAUCGUGGUGGAUGAUCAAUAAAAAAUUGUGGAUGAAACAUCACUGGACAAUUACACAAAACACCAUCACUUGAUGAAGCCCUCCAUUCACUUUUAAUGUAGUUCACAUGGCUCUCAGUAUAUCACUGAAGCUUUAUUGUGUUCCACAAGCCGUGUUAAUGUUUUUAAUGACAUUUACUAAUUUAUUUUUUUCCCUACCUCAGUUGUUUUGGAUUUUGGCAUGAGGGACAUUUUUACGGGUCUGUGUGUACAAACACUUAGUUCUUGGCAUUUUUAAGUCUUUAUUUAAUGCCUGGCUCUUCAUCUCUGUGUGGAUGAGUCCUCUGUGGCCGUCUGCCUAUAAGACUGUCUAGCUGCUGACCCUGCAAACAAGAAAGCACACGUCCAGUAGCACAACUAAGGCCCCGGAGGAUCUGACUGGAUUGUAAGAUUUGCUCUGCAAAGUGCUAACUGCGACAGAAAAAAAACACCCUUGCAGAUGCACAUGACACAAACAGUACAUACCUACAGCACACACUCCUAAGACAUUUGUGAGUCGGGUACUCCACCAUUAUUUCAACCAUCCUACAGUACGUGGCCCAUACCUGCCAGUUAUCCUCCACAAAUGGUAAUAGGAGCCUCACCAGUCCCCCCCCCCUGCCUGCAUUCAGCUCCACUCUGAUCUUUGAGGUUAGUGACUGUAUCAGACUGACCAGCCAUACUGAAGAGUCCACCUCCUUCUCAGCUACUGAACUUCUCUGGGAAGCCAAUUUAAUUAGAGGUCUCGCAGCUCUACCAGCUGCUUGUCAGGCAAGAUUACUUGGGUGAAAGUAGGUCAUAACUGAGAGGGAUUUCUUAUUAAAAUCCCAAUUUUCCCCCACCCACGUUUUGCUGCUACAUUUAAAGAGAGGGAGAAACUUGCGGUAUCCGUGCACUGAUGUACAAAUCUGCAGAUUAUGUGUAUGCACAAACCAUGGACACACAAACACACGAUUUCAGUGGAUGUUUCGGUUAUUCAUCUUGCCUGAUAGGUCUUGGCAUCCCUCACUGUGUUGAUUUAGUGUCUCUUUAAUGAAAAGCAUUCAGCACUGCAGCAAUGCACUGACACAGACACACACAAACACACACACACACACACACACACACACACACACACACACACACACUCUCUCCUACAGGUAACAGUAAUAAUAACUGAAGUCUUAAAAUUUUUGUCUGAAUGCAGAUGAAGCAUUCACAAUACUUUCAAUUUAUGACCCUGGGCUUUCUUUGUAUCAGUUCAAAAUGUCAUGCAGCAUUUAGAAGCUUCUUCACAUACAUAUGUCUUACAGCUUGAUAAAAAUCAAUUAAUGUGUGUUAGUUUCAAAAUAUCACAGCACAGUUUUUUCAGCCCCGAAAUCUCACUCCCGUUGAGAAAUACUUUGGUCAUUUAGUGCGCUUUUUUGUAUAAAAGACCCAGAAACAUGUAGUUUAAUUAAACAAAGCUUGGAUCAUAAAACAGCAGUCACAGGUGCUGAAGUUUAAACUUUUGACGUACUUUCUGCAAAUUCUCCUCUAAGAGGGAGUACGCACUGUUGAUUGUUGAUGUAGCCAACCUGAGUUUGAAGCUGCGGGUGAUUGUGUGGAUGGACAAAAUUUGUUGAAGCAUUCUUGGUUUUAAUAUUCUGCCAACUCAGGUAAAGGUUGAAGGAUGUUAGUCAUACUUGUGUCAUUACUGUACUUGACCCUGUGAAUUAAGGUAGCUCUUUGACCAGAUGCCUUGUUUGAAAGUUGUUUUUUUUACUUUGAGAAAAAAAAGGUACUAUUAUGUAUCACCCCUUUUUGUAAAAAGACUAAUUUCCAUGUUUUGGUUUUGCAUUUGUUUCCCUUUACUUAUUAUCUAUGUACUGUGCUUUUCUCUACAAAAUGUACACGUCUUACAUUAUAGCUUCCCAAUCUGGCCAAAGCUGAAAGUCUUGCAACUCUGAGAAGAUGUGCACUGAUUUUUGACCAUAAUUACUUGUUUAAAAUAUGUAUAAAUGUGGUAAUUGUAUUGUAGUUAAAGUGGAGUGUACAAAAUGUGGUCAGUAGGGAAAUUAACCUCCAUAACAUAAUGGGUUAUAUACUUUGACUUUGAGUCAGACUCCACUCGGCCCUUCACUGUAUACUAUGUAUAUAUCUGUGCUCAUUAGCCAAACUGACCCUUCUCACCUGCUGUGUGGUGUGUUUCAUGUGAUAAGAAUGCUAAGCCAGCCUUCACCUCCGUUUUUUCUCUUCUCCAGACUUAUUGCUAGAGAAGAUCUUAGUACUACUACUGUAGCUUUAGGCACUCUCUUCUGUGCCCUGUGCUUGUACAUUUGUUGACGGAUGCAUUUUGUUUGUGGUGCUCAUUGAUGGAUAGGUCACCUCAAAACAUAGCAAUUUAGUAGGCAAUUGCUAUUGUCAAUCUUAAUGUUAAAUGUGUGCUUCACAAAAGAUGCUUGCUUGGAAGAUUUAGUAUAGCCAAGCAGAAGCCCUAAAUUAUUAUCUGGCCUUGGAUCACCCCCACCCAAAGUUGGCCCGAGUUGAGUCUUGUAUUCUGCCAAUGUCAGCACCACUUCAUUACUUGAUGAUGUGUAAAUAGGUGUGUCAUACCUUUUUUUAAUAUUACAUAGGAGAUUUAGCCGAGGUCAACUGACGUCUUCCUCAUCAGCUGGCCUCUGAGAAAUCUACAGCGUAAUCGCUGCAAGUUAGGAUUUACAUGCACUUUGGAUAAUGAACACUGCUGUGAAUACUCUGUGAACUGUUUUUUUCUAGAUAUGUAUUAAGCCUAUUUUUAGACUUAGUUUACAAAGACAGAGUUUAUGAGUCCCAAACGAGGCUUAAAGCACUGAAAUUGUACUGAAAGGAACACGUCUGUUUAGCUCAGCAGUAGGUUUAGAAAUCAGUUUUAUUAAUGUCUGGGCUGAUACGGUAUGUAAGAUAACAGUCAAGACAUAGAAAUAGUCCCCAGUAAUAUCCCUGCCUUUAAAGUCACCCUUUUGUAUAGCAAAUGUUGUCUGAGAAUAAUAAUUUGACAGAGCAGCAUGCACACCUAGACGCUCAGGAGCGUCCAUCUACAUCCUUAUUUCCCUGGCUGUCAGCUGGUAUUCGGACAUUUCUCCUAAUAAUACUGACCACAAACAUGCCAUAUUACUCUAUGAAAGGUAUGAUUUGAGAUACAGGAUGGCAAGAUCUAACUGUAAUCUAUUUCUCCUGCAACAGUCGGCUGCAGAAAAGGUUCCCGAAGCCCCUAUUAGCAUCUAGUUUAAAUUGGAAAGCUGUUUGACCAAAGCUAAAUAUCACUUGAACAGCUGAUGCCUUGCUCACUCUUUAAAGCAGCUACUGUAUGUGUAAUUGAACAUUUCUGACUUUGGUUGCCACCAGUGGUAGUAUCAAAAAACAUUGUGGCAAACAACAAUGCACCCACGAAUCUCACCUGGGGAUACGAUUGACCAUUCACUUAGCCACCUCCCUGUCAAAGUUUCCGUUUCUUCACAGAACGUAUGCAGUUUACAAUAACAACAGUGGCAGAUUUGCAACUCAAAAUAUCCAAUCAUUUCACACAGAAGUAAAAUAUUACUACACAGAAAAACACACUUCUGUGCUUUAAUGUUUGUAUUAUUUUAAUGGGUAUGCUCCACUUUUACAAAAGAAAAGGAUUUUAGGAUAAGGACUAACCAAUGAGUUUGGCCGACAUAAUACUAUCUACUGUAAUGCAAGUUUGGUUGGAGUUGCUGGAGUGUAAACUUUCAGAGCAAAGAACAACUUGUUACUCUAAACUCUGAACAGAUAUUUUUCUGACUUAACCUGUAACCAAACAUAAUAAUAUAGUUACUUAAUGACAUGCCUCUUGCUUUUAAAAUAACACUGGUUUACUUCUGCAGGUAGCUAGUCAGCUAGACAUGCUGACGUUUGGAAAAGCUUAAAAAACACUGCCCUCCAAACUCUUUAUAUACAGAGUUUUGCUCAUAUUAGAGCCUCGUGCACACCUGCAGCAUUUGGGGAAAUCCAAAGCUUGACAGGUCCGCAGUGGCUAGUUAAGGUUGCAAAGCUCUGACUGGGCAAUUGCUGCGUUUUGUGAGUUUAGUGAAUGGUCAAUUGGCAAAAAUAUUCAAUGUAUAGUGGCUGAUAUUAGAUAUAGGACCACAGGACUAAUACAUUAGGAGAGCUGCUUGUCAAACUGAUGUGUGAUUACUAUCUGUAGCAUUUCCAGCCCAACCAUCCUAUGACCACUAGGACAUGAAACCCAAGUAGUCAGCUCAGCUUCAGCCUUGUGCCUCAGCCAACAGGCCUUACUGCCUUAAAGAAACAGAAUGUGUUUGUAGGACAUUUAUAAUCAUUCACUUAAUAUCUUGAAUCUGUAACAGACUUAUUCUGAGGAUUGUAGAUUAUCCUACAGAUUGUGGAACUCUGUUGUAAGUCAGACAACGUCUCAGCUCACUUUAUCAGUAUGGCUGAAAAGACUUUUCACUUUGCCAGAGGCUGCUGAGGGGAUAGGAUCACAUUUAGACACAAUGAAGAGGGCACUUUACUGCUUUGCUGCUCGGCAGCUAAUUGCUAUCACACACACCAACACAGGUCUUCUCUGCAGCUGCUCAAGUCAUUUUUCUGCAGGUGUGCAUCUUGAGCUCACUAUGUUAACACAAUAUGUGGCAGUGUCCUUGAAAUAUGUAAUCAUGAGACAUAAAUGCAGGGUCAAAGGUUUGUGCCUUUUAUUGCACGGACUACUCCCUCUUAAAUGAGUGUAAAUGUGUACAGUUUUUUUUUAUAUGACUGUGCAUGAUACCUAGCCAUGUAAAAUAUACUGCUGUAAAUAAUGUAAGUAAAUAUUUAAUGAAGGAUCCAACAUUCCCUCAAGAAAAUAAAUAAGUUAAAAACCACC